UUGAAACAUUUUGAAACAUUUAGCUACAUUGGUGUAACGUCCCGCCUAAAAAGAUGGAAAGAAAGUCAGGAGCUGAUUAAAGAAGUGAAUUUCAAAGCAUUUAAUAGGUACCCGAAACAUUAAAUUUUCUUAAAUACCUAAAUAUUGCUAAAAUUUCCCUAUUAAAAAACCAUGGCUCCUAUUGAAGUCAUUUUGAAUCUGAAUAAAGACAGAUUGAUUUUCAACAAAAUUAACAACAUUAAAGGUUUAACUAAGGAUAAUAGAUAUGUCUUAUUAUUGAAAAAUUAUAUCAGUACUUAAUUUACAGAAUAGCAAGAGAAAUGACGUUUUAGUUGUAGGCUAAAUUAUUAAAUCCUUUCCUGUUGUCUGAAGCUUUAAAAAAAAACCUCCUUAUUUGAUUCUCUUUGAUUUUUUUUUUAGAAACUUUCAUCUAACACUUAAAGCUGGCACUCAAGUAUUAGCAAAGAAAUUUACUGCCCAUUUAGUUGAGGAAGAUGACAGAUUGACCCAGUUUUCAAUUGAUCAAAAUAUAUUUUUCAGUGGACACCUAACAGGUCUAUUUUAUAAUUGUUCAACAUGAUUUCAUGAUUACAGUAAGUGAGUUGGUGUAAUAGGAAUGGUGUAAACCUAUUCUAAGCCAAUGAACAUUAUCAGAUAGCUUAUUUGGUUUAUUAAGAAAUUUUGUAUAGUUUUAUUAUGUAUUUUAAAAACAAAAAUUUUAUAGGUUUGAAAAGUUAAGAUGAAAAUUCUUUUCUUAAACUCUCUUUUAAAGAUAAUCCAAAUGUGACAGUGAAUGCUCAUAUGGAGGACACUCUAUGGUCAAUAUUGAUAUAUGAUGUUAACAACACAUUUGCCAUUGAG